CUCAAGCAGCAGCAGCGCCCCUUUUGCACAUUCCUUCUCCCCCGCGCUUGCACACGCCCUGUGACAGUGAAAAAAAGUUGGCUUGGUGGAGAAGUUAAAUCACGGAAAAGAUAUGUGUUGCUGCCUCUUGUAGCUCACAGCAAAGAAGAAGAAGAAGAAGCUGCUCCUAUUGUUGAAGCUUUUCCUCCAAAAACCCUCAAUCCUCUUGACUCCUGCCGUCGUUGUGCGGGUUGCGGGGACCACCCAGGAAGGACAUCUGGUUGAGCAGACAUGGAGUCCGCCAUCCAGACGGUGGUCACCACCUUCCUGAAAUCGAGCCGAGGCAAGGAGAACCUGGAUGGAAAGGCCUUCCAGAAGAUGGUGAAGAAGCAACUUGGCGGCGUCAUGGAGGACACGAACAGCUCGGCGGCCAUCAAGGAGAUGCAGCGCGGCUUGGACGAGAACAGCGACGGCAAGGUCAGCUUCCAGGAAUACCUCACCCUGAUUGGCUACGUGGCCAAGUCCAUCAGCCAGGUCAAGACUGAAUCCAACGCGGUGGCUUCGUAGACGGCUUCUCUUUUUUUUUUUUGAUGUUUCCUUUUGAAUUGCUUUUAAAAAUGCAGCUAACUCAUCAUGCUAGCAUGUAGUCAAUGUUCCCUCCGUGCUGAAGGACUUCCUAGCAACAACGCCAAUAAACGCUUCAUACUGAUUGA